AUGAGCAUCGACAUCCAAACCACGACCCAACAGGGCGUGCGCAUCGCCGUUGAGGGUUGUGGCCACGGCACACUCAACGCCAUCUACGCCGCCACCGAGAAAUCCGCCAAGGAACGCGGAUGGGAUGGCGUCGACCUCCUCAUCAUCGGAGGCGACUUCCAAGCCGUCCGUAACGCCGCCGAUUUGAACGCCAUGUCUGUGCCCAAGAAAUACCGCGAGCUUGGAGAUUUUCACGAGUACUACAGCGGCGUCCGCAAGGCACCCUAUCUCACCAUCUUCGUCGCCGGCAACCACGAAGCAGCUUCUCACUUAUGGGAGCUUUACUACGGCGGCUGGGUGUGCCCCAACAUCUACUACAUGGGCGCUGCCAACGUUCUUCAACUGGGUCCUCUGCGUAUUAUGGGGAUGAGCGGUAUUUGGAAGGGAUACAAUUACCGAAAGGCGCAUCACGAACGCCUACCGUUCAACGACGACGACGUCAAGAGCUUUUACCACGUUCGCGAGAUUGAUGUGCGCAAGCUGUUGCAGUUGCAGACCCAGGUGGAUAUCGGUAUCAGCCACGACUGGCCAAGGGCCAUCGAGAAGCACGGAAACACCAAGCAUUUGUGGAAUAUGAAGCCCGAUUUUGAGAGGGAGUCGGCUGAUGGGUCGCUGGGUAAUCAGGCGGCCGAGUAUGUGAUGGAUAGGUUGAGGCCGCCGUAUUGGUUCUCGGCGCAUCUGCAUUGCAAGUACUCGGCUAUCAAGACCUACGAUCCCCCGAAGGAGGCGAUGGCAGAUGCAGGAGAGACAGCGGAAAAGGUCGCGGCAGAGGAAACAGCGAUUGCUCAACCUCAAGAGCAGCAACCAGCCGCGGUGGUAGAGAACCCUGACGAAAUCGAUCUUGAUAUGGACGACGAACCCGCGGCACCAGCUCAACCAUCAGCACCACCUGCACCGACAUCAAACCCCGAUGAGAUUGAUCUCGACAUGGACGACGAGGAGCAGCCAGUAGCAGCACUCACUCAACCCGCUGCUUCGUCAACACCUGCCGCAGUGCCCACCGAAGAAGAUCCAACCGAAGCCCUCCGCUCUCUCCUCCCCGCCUCCUUCUCGAAUCCCAACCCUCAAUCGUCCUACAACGCCCAACCCCACGGUGGCGCCCCCAAGACCAAACCCGGCCAACCAGUUCCGCCAACAAUAACCAACACCACCGUCCGCUUCCUCUCCCUCGACAAGUGCCUUCCCGGCCGUAAAUUCCUUCAACUCGCCGAGAUCGAGCCCAUCAACCCUUCAGCUUCAAACGAAGAAGAAUUGCAACGCCCCCUCCGCCUCUCCUACGACCCAGAAUGGCUCUCCAUAACCCUCGCCUUCCACCCUCUCCUACGCUCCGCCGUCGGCAAACACUGCCCUUUGGACCCUAACGCGCCCAUCCCCGCUGACCUCGGCGAAGCCGGCUAUAAGCCCUUGAUUGAGGAAGCGAGGAAGUGGGUAGAUGAACACAUCACUGGUGAGAAGCUGUUGGUGCCGGAGGAUUUCGUGCAGACGGCGCCGCCAAUUGAUUUGGUUGGAAACCCGGUGAGCGGGAAUAUUAUGACGGAUGAGAUACCGGUUGAGUACACGAAUCCGCAUACGGCCGAGUUUUGUAAGUUGUUAGGGUUGGAGAAUUAUUGGGAUGCGAGCGAGGAAGAGAGGGAGGCGAGGAGGGUGCAGGGCCCGAGGCCGGCUCAGGAGAGGUUUGGUGGGAGGGGUGGUCAUGGUGGGCAUGGGCAUAGUCAUGGGCAUGGAGGACAUAGAGGUGGUGGACGUGGUGGCGGUGGUGGUGGAGGAUGGAGAGGUGGACGGGGAGGUCGAGGUGGUGGAGGAAGGGGUGGUGGAGGAAGGGGUGGUGGUGGUAGGGGAAGAGGUCGGGGACGUGGUGGGUGGUAA